GGAAAAAACAACGCAAUUAUAUCACAUAAAGUAGAUGCAAGCACCUGAUGAAGAGGUGAAGGAGGAUACUUACCUUGACUGACGAAGGCUUGAAGGCGGAUUUCAGUGCAGAAAAGGGACAAGAGGAGCCUGCAAGAAGUCUGUCCAGCAGGAGAGCACACUCAGUGUCACAUCAUCGGCACCCACUGACGACCCAUGGCUGAUGAGAAGAUGGAGAUGGGUGAAGUUGGGGCGUCUCUUAUGUCUCCAGAUAAGAAGCCUCCAGCCAGACCUCCUAACAAAUUUGAGAGGGUGUUUCAGCCGUGUCUGGCCGAGCUGGUGGGGACUACUUUCUUUGUAUUUAUCGGGUGUGUGUCAGUCAUAGAGAACCAGGAGUCUACAGGUAGACUUCAGCCUGCUCUGGUGCACGGGCUGGCUGUGGCUGCGCUGGUAGCCUGCAUGGCUGAAAUCAGUGGUUCCCAUUUUAAUCCCACCUUCACCCUGGCAAUCUAUCUGUGUGGAGGGAUGGAGAUGAGUAUGGGGCUGCCAUAUCUUGCAUCUCAGUUGCUUGGUGGGGUGCUUGGAGCUGCUAUGGCAAAGGCAAUGACUUCAAGGGCGAGCUUCCUCAAAGCCCACGGUGCUGCGUUUGCUGUUCUGCAGCCAGACUCUGAAGUUGGAGGCGCUCUGUUUGGCGAGGUGUUCAUGACCUGCAUGAUCACCAUGGUGCUGCUGCUGGGGGCUUUCAACACCAAAACUAGAAACCCCAUGGCACCAUUUAUGGUGGGAGGCACUGUUAUACUAACCAUAUUGGCUGGUGGAGACGUUUCCGGCACAUGUAUGAACCCUGCCAGAGCCUUCGGUCCCGCUGUCGUGAGCAACUACUGGACGAAACACUGGGUCUACUGGGUGGGACCUAUCAUAGGGGGCGUCAUAGCGGCUGCACUGGUCCGACUCUUCCUUGGAGACAAGAAGAUGAGACUCAUUCUGACAUGAUUCCCUGGGUUUAAAUCAGGAAAUUAUCAUUUAGAGUUACAAAUCAUCUCUUUGUUUUUGUGAAAUGUUUUUUUUAAUAUUGUUGCAGCAUAAUACAGAGAAGGCUUUGUGUUCGCAUUGGAGCUUUAGUGUGUACAUAAUGUAAAAUACUGAGCUUAAAGGUUGCUUUAAUAUGACACUGGUCUGAGACACAUUGAGUUAAAGUUAAACAGAAUUGGAGAUCAUUUGUUAAAUAAGUUACCUGAUAUCUCAAAUGAGGGAAUGAAGGGCUGAGAAAUAAGACAAGGUUUGCAGGAGUAGAGAUGCUUACUAGUGCCAAAGCUGUAUCUGAAAAUCCUGUAACAGGCUUCAUAUAAAUGCAUGUUGUAAUUGAAACUGCUCCGAAUAAACUGUGGC